AUGGAGAAAUACUCAGAAUAUUUGAUGUGGACGAAGACGAAACACCUUAAACCCAACCUCAAGCAAUCAUCAAUGGAAGAAGACGACGACGAUAAGGUGCCGGCAUGGCCGCCUAGGUCAUACAGUUGCAGCUUCUGCAAAAGAGAGUUCAGGUCAGCACAGGCACUGGGUGGCCACAUGAAUGUCCAUAGAAGGGAUAGAGCCAAGCUCAAGCGUAGUUCUAAUAACACCAUGGCUUCGCCGCCCAUUUCUUCUGCUAUCAUAUUUUUUCAGGGGAAUUCCGGCGCCGCCGGCGAUCAGCAGAAGGGGUGUAAGAGGCAAAGGAUUGCCGCCGGCGGCUGCGGCAACACGGUGUCGUCGUUUAUGCCGGCCGUGCAGGUGCACAGUGAGGAGGUGCAGGUAGUUGCAGGAAUGAGAAGCAAGAAUUCAUCGUCCAUGGAAGACAUAGAUCUUGAGCUUAGGGUUGGCGUGAAGUAG